AUCCGAGGGAGGGAUUUUAAUCAGCUUUUGGGAAAGGCAUAAAACUUAACACGACAAUAUGCGUCCAAGAAAGAUUUUGCAGCUGGGAGACAAAGGAAGUUCUUCUAACAACCUCAGAGCCUCAGGAAGACCCGAUAUGGGAAACUCACUACUUAUGUCUGGUUCUGACAAGACAAUCGCAACACUGCUGGUUGCACUCUUGAGUUGUGUGGAUUGUGUUCCCCUGGAGGGAGAUACCCUGUGUGGUGCAGAGGAACCAACGACCUACAGCAUUGUCUUCACGGGGAAAUGGAGCCAAACAGCUUUUCCAAAGCAGUACCCGCUGUACAGACCCCCAGCACAGUGGUCCUCACUCCUAGGUGUGGCCCACAACUCGGACUACGUCAUGUGGAAGGCCAGCGGCUAUGCCAGCAACGGCAUGCGUGAGUUGGUGGAGAGGGGGGAGCCCUGGAUGCUGAUGAAGGAAAUUGAAGCAGCUGGAGAGAAAAUGCAAAGCGUUUAUGGAAUCUUCUCUGCUUCUCCUGUGGUCACCGGAACAGGACAGACCUCAACUCUCUUUGAAGUUGACCCAGGUCAUCCCUUAGUAUCCCUUGCAGUACGAAUCGUGCCUAGCCCCGACUGGUUUGUGGGGAUUGAGAAUUUUAAUUUGUGCGACAAGAGCGGCUGGAAGAACCACGUCUCCAUAGACUUAUUUCCAUAUGAUGCCGGAACGGAUAGCGGCUUUACGUUUUCCUCCCCCAACUUCGCCACAAUCCCUCGUGAGACAAUCACGCAAAUCACCUGUUCGUCCCCAAGUCAUCCUGCCAACUCCUUUUAUUACCCCAAGCUUAAGACUCUGCCGCCGAUGGCCCGGGUGACCCUGUCAAAACUCAAAAGGAAGAAAUUGGGCUUCCUCUUCUCCCAACCAAACGUCACAACCACCCAUAACGAAGUGGAGGAUUCCGUCUCGGAAACACCCUUGGAUUGCGAGACCUCUCUGUGGUCUUCGUGGGGCCUUUGCCGUGGCACCUGUGGAAAUUUAGGAACAAAAAGACGGACUCGGUACAUACUACUUCAGCCUGCCAACCAUGGAGCCCCCUGUCCAGAUCUGAGCGAAGAAACACACUGUGAACCAGAUAAUUGUGUCUGAAAUAAUUUCUUUGGACAAUCGUUUACCUCAUGUAAUUUGAGGGAUAUUUAAGUAUCUCUGUGUUGGUAUUUUUUUAUAGCUCAAGAGCUGUCCAUCUAUCCAUCCAUCCAUCCAUCCAUCCAUCCAUCCAUCCAUCCA